UAGAAUAAUUGGUGAAAAUGUUACAAGAUCAUCGACAACAACUUUAGCAAGUUUUUUAAUUGCAACAACAUUAUUCAAUGUAAGUUUAUUUCAACAAGAUAAUCAUUAUACCACCACAGCCACCUACACAUCAAUACCAUCAUCAACAUCAACAACAACAACAACUUCAUAUUCUUCUUUACCGUCUUCUUAUAUUCCGACAGCGACACCAUCUAUUUCAAUAUCAUAUUUGAAGCAAUGGAAAAACCACAUAAAACAAAUAAAAACAAUAGAAAUAAUAGAAAAUUCCAAAGCAACAACAACAACAACAGUAGCAAUAAAAAAUCUAAAUGAAAAAAAUAAUUUAAAUAAUAUUGUAACACAUUUUAAUCCAAUAAAUUUAAAUAGUCUUAGUAAUAAAAUCAAUAGUAAUAGCAAUAAUAAAAAUCAUAAUAGUAAUAAUAAUAAUAAUCAUAAUGAUAAUGACAAUAGAUGGCACAGCAGGAUUAAAAAGAAAACAAACAGUAUUAAUAAUAUUAAAUAUAAUAAAGGUGGUAGUGGUGGUGGUAAUAUUCAUACAAAUGUUAAAAGAGAAAGUCUUAAAAUACCAAAAAAUAAUGAAAAUAUUGAAUAUAAUGGAAGCGGAGACAUUAUUGGUGACAUUGAUGACAAAUCAAUUACAAUGGAUAUUCUACAUGAUAAUAAUGAAUAUAAAAAUUUUUUACAUAAUAUUAACAGUAUUAUUAGUGAUGAUGAUUUUAAUACAAAUGAUAGUAAAAUUAAUAGAAUUAACAUUAGAAAUAAUAGUAAUAAUAAUUAUAAUGAAAGUAAUUUUAAUAAUAAUACAAUGGAAACAGCAACAACAAAUUUAUAUUCGACAACAAUAUCAAUAUUUGAUGUUGAAAAUAAUAAGAAUGAUAAUAAAAGUGACAACAAUAAUUAUGAAAUACCCGAAAUACCAGCAUAUAUUCGUAAUACAUCCAUGGUCAUUUGUAUUACAAUUAUGAUACUUGGUGUCAUCGGUAAUAUUAUGGUGCCAAUUGUUAUCCUUUUAACAAAGGAUAUGAGAAAUUCAACAAAUAUUUUUCUCACUAAUUUAAGUAUAGCCGAUUUACUGGUACUACUAAUAUGUACACCAACUGUUUUGGUUGAAGUUAAUUCAAAACCUGAAACAUGGGUCCUAGGACAUGCAAUGUGUAAAGCAGUACCAUUCAUUGAAUUAACUGUGGCACAUGCAAGCGUUUUAACAAUACUAGCAAUAUCAUUUGAACGUUACUAUGCUAUAUGUGAACCAUUAAAAGCCGGCUAUGUUUGUACAAAAGCUCGUGCAUUAUUAAUAUGCGUUAUAGCAUGGGCUGUUGCUGCUUUAUUUACAAGUCCAAUUUUAUCAAUAGCAAAAUAUAGUUUGGAAACAUAUUAUGAUGGAUCUGAGGUUGCUACUUGUAUAACAUCUGCUGAUGAAUUUUGGCCAGCAUUAUUUUUUAUUGGCAGUAUAUCGAUUUUCUUUUUUAUACCAUUUUUAAUAUUAUUAAUAUUAUAUAGUAUUAUUGCAAAACAUUUAAUGAAUAAUCCUGGAUUAAUAACACACCGUCACAAUAGCAACAUUAAACGAAAUAGCAAUAAUAAAAAAAGACAUAGUAAUAGUAGUAAUAACAAUAAUAGUAGUAAUACAGUAUUGAAAUAUCGUAAACAAGUUAUAUUUAUGUUAGGUACAGUUGUAAUAAGUUUUUUUAUUUGUUUAUUACCAUUUCGUAUAUUAACACUUUGGAUAAUACUUGCACCCGAUGAAACAUUAAAUACAUUAACAUUUGAAAAUUUUUAUAAUAUUUUAUAUUUUUGUCGUAUAUUAUUAUAUAUUAAUUCAGCAAUGAAUCCAAUUUUAUAUAAUUUAAUGUCAACAAAAUUUCGACAUGGUUUCUUAAGGUUAUUAGGUUGUUCAAGAUUUAUAAAAAAUAAACGUUUAAGUUCAUUAGCUGAUCGUAAAGGUACAUUUCAUACUGGUUCAACAAAUAUGAGCAGUUCAACAACUUCAAGUACACGUAGAGAAUAUUUAAGAAAAAAUAGUAGUUUAAAACAUUUAAGAAGUGAUAGUAUUACAAGUGAUGACAAUAAUGAAAAUUUUAGAAGUGUUCGAGACAUCGAUAAUAACAUAUCAUUAUCAUCUGAAUUUUAUUAUCAAUAUCAACAUCAUCACAAAGAAGCCAAUAAUCAAUUCAAUAGUGGUGAAAAAGAACAUCAAAGAAAAUUGAUUGUAUCUAAUAAAAAAGUGAUGAGUACUUUUUUAAAUGAUAUUAGAACAAAUACAACUGCCACAUCAACAACAAUAUUAGACCCAUCAUUUGAUAUCAACAACAAAACUACAAUAAUGAAAACAAUAACAACACCAACUCUUACACCAGCAAUAGCAUCAAAUACUAGUAUAACAACAUUAAAUACAACAACAACAAGUAGUAUAACAUCAACAAUUGCAAUGACAAAUAACAAUUUGAAAAGAAAUCACUAUGAUCAAAAAGUAAAUAAUGAUGGGUUUGUCUGUACUUUUCAUAAGGGAUUACAAUCAAAAGAAAGUCUUGUUUAA